GCAGAUACUUGCAGGCGGCCCCUCCCAGUGUCAGCACAAGCCCACACUGUGUAGAGCCACGGGCAGGGAGAACAGAUACUCACCCAGCUGCCAUGGCCACUGCAGCUACAGCAGGGGAAAUACAAGAUGAAGCUAUUUGCUCCAUCUGCCUGGAAUAUCUGACGGAGCCGGUGACUAUCGCGUGUGGGCACAACUUCUGCCGAGCCUGCCUCACCCGGUACAGUGAGGAGAAGGGAACGGGGACACCCCUGACCUGUCCCCAGUGCAGAGCCCAGUUCCAAAAAGGGGAGUUCAAGCCCAACGCCCAGCUGAACAACAUCAUACAAAGGAUCAAACAACUGGGGUUAAAACCAGGAAAAGGGCAAAAGGAGGAUCUGUGUGAGAGACACGAGGAACGUCUCAAACUCUUCUGUGAGGAGGAUGGAGAAACUAUUUGCUGGGUGUGUGAGAAAUCCCGGGACCACAAGUCUCACACUGUGGUUCCCAUUGAGGAGGCUGCCCAGGAGUACAAGGUGAAACUCCAGGGAGCCCUGGACCCUCUGAGGAAGGAGCUGCAAGAGGUCCUGGCUCUGACGUCUAAAGAGAAAAAGAAAACUACAGAGUGGCAGGGGAAAGUGAAGAAUAAGAGAGAGAUGAUUUCAGGUGAAUUUAACAAACUGCACACACUGCUGAGAGAGGAGGAGCAGCUGCUUCUGCAGAGCCUGGAGCAGGAGGAGAGGAAGACUCUGCAGAGACUACAGGAAAAUGUCACCAAACUCUCCCAGCAAAGCUCCUCUCUGCAACAGCUGAUCACAGAGAUAGAGAAGAAAUGUCAGCAACCUGUUGCAGAGCUGCUGAAGGAUGUGAAAAGCACAUUGAGCAGGAGUGAGAAUGUGAAACUCCAGGAACCAGAAGCUGUUUCUACUGACCUGAAGAACGUGUAUAAAAUUUCCCUUGACAUGAGGGAAGUGCUGAAGAGAUUUGGAGUGGACGUGACUCUGGAUCCAGACACGGCAAAUCCCCACCUCGUCCUGUCUGAGGAUCAGAAAUGUGUGAGACACGGAGACAGACGCCAGGAUCUGCCCAACAACCCUGAGAGAUUUGAUCCUUGUGCCCUUGUCCUGGGCGCUGAGGGGUUCGCGGGCGGGAGGCGUUACUGGGAGGUGGGGGUGGGAGACAAGACGAGAUGGAUUCUGGGGGUUUGUCGGGAAUCUGUGAGCAGGGAGGAGUGGGUCACACACACACCUGAGGAUGGAUACUGGGCCGUGCGGCUGUGGUAUGGGGGAUACGAGGCCCUCACCGACCCCCUAACCCCCCUCCCCGUGAGCGUCCCACCCAGCCGGGUGGGGAUUUUCCUGGACUAUGAGGCGGGCGAGGUCUCGUUUUACAAUGUGACUGACGGGUCCCAUCUCUUCACUUUUACUGACGUCUCCGGGACGCUCCGCCCUUAUUUCUGUCCUGGUUACAGUGCUGGGGGUGAAAACGCGGCUCCCCUGAUCAUCUGCCCGGUCCCGGCUCCGGCCGGGGGGAAUCUCGGUCCCUGACAGUGACCCCGCGGCACAGACCGGCCCCCCCAGCACUGCUGCUCCUCUGUGGUGGGGGCCGGUUACUGCAGCUACUGGAGUUUUUCUGCUGACCGGACGCUGCCAGUUUCCCUUUUCCACUGGAGGGUCCAGACGAAAACCAGACACCUGGCAACCCCCAGCCCUCACCUUGCCCCGUCCCCUGCCCCGGGGUAGCAGAUGGUGGGGGAUGGGGUCAUUCACUCCUGCCAGAAUUUUCUAUCCCUGUGAAAUCUCAGUGUAAAAUAGGAAAGAAAAAAGAUUAUUCUAAUUUAGAAAAUAUUAUUGUAACAAGGGGUAAAUACAAGAAUACUUUAAUUUAAAUUUCACAGUAUUUCAAAAAAAGGCAUCUAAACAUAUUUUUAGAAAUGGAAUUAUUUACAUUUAUUUUUUUAUUCUUCCCUGAAAUCUGUAUUGAAGUUUAACUUUUCUCAAUAACAUCAUUUGUAUUUCAACUGUGGAAUUUCAGAAAAUCCAAAAUAUUUAUCUUCACAAAAUAAACUAUUAAACUGUCAGACGGGGUUGUUCAAUUACAAUGUACGUGUGUCAUAAACAUCACAACUACACACAUGUGCAGCUGCUCUCUCGCUCUCCUCCUCUCUCUCUCUCUCCCCCCAACCCCCCCUUUAUUGUCUUGACUGGUUCUCUCUGGGAGGCAGGGCACAUACACCCACCUCCUGCACUGCACCUUUGAAAAUUAAUAGCUUAAAAAUGAUAGAAUUAAUGAAGCAAUAUAUUUAAAUUCACUCAUACAAGAUUAUAUAAUAUUCUUUGGAGUUCUGUCAGCAUUAAUUCACUUUCUAACUGAAUAUAAUCGGUAAUCAAGAUAUGACCCUUCCUUGCUUUUUCUCACAAAACGCGGUCCCCAACCUCAAGUGCUGUAUUCUUAGAUACCAGGGGUCGGCAACCGUUCAGAAGUGGUGUGCCGAGUCUUCAUUUAGUCACUCUAAUGUAAGGUUUUGUGUGCCAGUCAUACAUUUUAACGUUUUUAGGAGGUCUCUUUCUAUAAGUCAAUAAUAUAUAACUAAACUAUUGUUGUAUGUAAAGUAAAUAAGGUUUUUAAAAUGUUUAAGAAGCUUCAUUUAAAAUUAAAUUAAAAUGCAGAGCCCCCCCGGCCCUUGGCCAGGACCCGGGCAGUGUGAGUGCCACUGAAAAUCAGCUUGCAUGCCGCCUUUGGCACACGUGCCAUAGGUUGCCUACCCCUGCGAAAUACAAAAAUGUCUUCUACAAUCUCAUUUUUGUGGUUUAUUUUUCUUUAGAAAUAUUAUUUGCAGGGAAUGUCCUGUCAGUGUCCACUGUUGAUUUCAGAGUACUGCCAGGCUUUCCAUGUUCUUGGUUCUAAGGACACAACAAAUGCAGUUUGAUAAAGAAAUAGAGAAGGGGUUGUAUUCCUUUACUGAAUCAUCACAAAUUAACUUAAUUGUAGUAAAGAUGCUGGCACUUAAUGACACAUAACAUGAAAUUUGGUGACGUUUUAUUGGGAGACCUUUCUUCUCGGCCAUAAAUCAGUCAAAAGGGUGCUAUUUUUGUUGUCAUGUGAGGUUUAGAGUACAAAGAAAAGAAAGUUGCUCCAGGAAAUUCAUCACAAUUCCUCUGGGUUCUGUCCACCACCUUCUGGAAUGCUCUGUACAAAUAGUGACCGAUUGGUCCAAUUCCUUGAUGUUAGCGAUUGAACCUAAUUUCUUGAAGAGCUGGCUGAGCAGAGUGUGAGGGGAGGCACAUCACAUGGCAUUGCUAGGACCACUUUUUGUUUUAAACGUGACGCGUUAUGAAGAUUUUCAGUGUCAUCAUUCAGUUUUGAAGAUUUAUUCACAAUACGCCAUCCAUGGCAGAGUGCCCGAAACUUACCUUGAUUAUUUGAAAAUAAAUACCCUAAUGUUA